GACCUUUCUCCUACUCCCUGGUAGGAUUGCCCACUAUACAUCCUACCCACAUAUAUCGGUACAAAAUAAUCUUUCACAAUUUAGCAUUAUGCUUACAGUCAUUUCUGCAUCUCAACCCAAUCGCGCGGGACGCCUCUUUGUGUACACGGUCACCCUCUCAACAUCCUUGGAGCGCUCCGUGCGGCGCUGGUUCAAAGGCUCGCUCGCCAUUUUCAAAACGCCUCUGAAUGCAACGAUAUUCAUUGCGAUCGUCUUUAUCCAGCUCGCCCUCAACGCGUACAGGUACUUCAAGAAACACAACUGUCAAAUGAAGAAUACAAACAGGAGCUUACAUACUCAGACUGACUCAGAGAGGUUGGAGGCCGAUAUAUCAGUCAACGAAGGAAACAGAGAAAAUCCUCUCGAUGAUGGAAUUUGUCGGAACAUCUCCUCAUCCCUGGAGUUGCAACUGUCUGCUGUAUCAUUGGCGUCAUGUAUAGCCCCUCUGACUCGUGAAGACUCAAACGUGCACCUCGAUUCCGCGACAAGCACUCGCACGCGUCAUAUCAGUCGGUUCGUGUCCCACAUCAAGCUGUACACCGCCAGCGAUGAGCCAGUCCACUGUCACGACAAGAAGAUCCGAAAAAUCAACUCGGAGUAUCGAAUGAGUGAAACACAGGAAGAAGUUCUGGUUCAAGACUCAAGCCGGAGACGGAUCCUACGGGUUUCAAACCAGCCGCUGGUUCGGCAGGUGACACGUGCUGUUUCUUCGGUUUUCUGCACCCCACUACGUCUUCCGAAAAAUACUGCGACUGUCACGGUGGCCUGUUACACCCCCGAGUCUGUCGAACGACCUAUCAGUGAUGUAGUCACAUUCACGUAUCCACCAUAUCCAAUCAGCAAGGUGACCAACUCAAAUGAAAGGAAGUGGCCAUGGCAGACGCGAGGAUUGUGUAUAAAAGCCUAGGCAGUCAACUCAUUGAGAUUUCUGUAAUUAUCGUAGAGGCUUCGUUUGAAUCCAUCACUUCGAG